UACAGCGAAGCUAUCGCUGCAGCAGCCCCGCUAUAUUCGGCCGCUCAGUCGUUCCUAGCCCGCCGCCUUGUCCGUACGUGUGCGUUACGCAAAUACAGCCGAAGAAAGCAUCGUCACAGUUCUUUAUCGCAGCUUCUGCGUAGAUUCUCAUCUCGACGUAUACAAGCUGACCGCAUCGGAUUCAGGAUCGAUAGAGGCUAUCGUGUGAUGUUGGAUUUUCGCUUCUGAAACAAAAAGGAGAGAAGAGCUGAUCUUGCUCUGCCGCUAGGGAGGCUGCGCGCGCGGCGGUGCUUUUGAAGAGUCUCCAGGAGCUCCGUAUCAUGGGACAAACGAGACCGUCUGCUAAGAAGAGGCUUUUUUACUCCAAGAGGAUGGUCAAGAAGGACAAAUUGAUAAACGGAUAGAUUGCGUUUUAAUCUAUAAAUAUAACAGUGUGACUGUAUAGUACAUACUGCAGUGAUACGCACGGACACUUUGUGCGCGUUUUAUCGAGAGGGACAGAAAUCUUUGUUAUUGCCUUUCUCUCGGUGUUUGCUUUGUGGUGCAGGAGAAGAGACUCGGUGCAUCAGAGACAAACGUAUACAAAUAUAAAGUGCGGGUUGAAAGUUUUCUGCUGCUACUGAACAGAACUCUAAGUUGUUUUUUUUUUCGGAGGAAGUCGGACGUUUCUUAUCUGUCUCGCGUAGACACGCUGACUCACUGAACCCUGGGUUUGUACAAAGACUGUCGUGUUCGUAUACACACGUGUAGCUGUGCGUGUUGUAUACACGUAUAUAGACUUUGAUUUGAUACGUCUACAUCGAACGACGACGAUCGAUUUUAACUUUUCGCUAAUCCGUCCAAUAUUCUGCGUACGAUUACGAACUUGUGUAAGACUGAGGGUUCGCGCCAAAAUCCGUGCCAAAGCGCAAUAGUACAAGAAGCUACUUUUAUCAUUAUUAUUACUAUUAUUUAUAGCAGUAUUAACUUUAAGAUUUCCUCGCCGAGCUAGGGAAGAGUAUAAAAAUAUAGCUGCGACUCGUGGCUAUAUAGUUUAUUAUUUACUAUUGUCCGUAUAGUAUAAAUCAGCAACAUGUUCUUCAGUAAUUUUGGAUACUCGAGUAAUCCAAACAGCCCCCCCUCGCCGACCAAAGGAAGCUUGUGGGGAAGCGCUUACAGUCCGUUUAGGAAUACGAAUCUGCCACUCCCAAACGUCACAAUGGAUCAAACUAUUCCGAUGGUAAAUGGUGCCAACGCCAAAUCGCCGGGGAAGACGUCCCCAGUAGGAGGGGGUAUGGUCGGCGGCCAAGGCAUUGGGGGACCCGGCCGAACAAUGAAAGAGUGCGAGGAUGAGUUGGGAGCCCUCAAGAAGGCUAACUUUAAUUUGAAGCUUAGGAUAUACUUCCUCGAAGAGCGUAUGGGCAUCACCUCCGCCGAUGAAGAUCCCGUGAGGAAAAAUAUUGAACUCAAGGUCGUAAACGAAUCUUUGAGAAAAGAUCUGAUCGAGAAGCAGGAACUUCUUAGUCAAGCAGCCAAGGCCAUCGAGCUGUAUGAAGAACAGAAACAAGUAUCUGCGCGAAACCAAGCUCAGUAUCAGCAUACACUUGAACAAGAGCGGGCGCGAGCAGAUAGUCUUGAAAAAGAACUUGAAGAGUACAGAGGAAGGUUGACUGACGCCACAUUCUACGAGGAGACUUUUGGAAUUACACCAGAGAAGGCCUUAGAGUACAAAGAGAAAUUGCAUCAAGUGGAGGAAAUUAAAUCUUCUUUAGAAUCUGAAUUGAAACAGCUGUCGGCGAGUCUUGAGGAGGAGAGGAACUGGGCACAAGAGCUAGAAAAUGAAAGAGAUCAAUUGAGAGACCGAUUGGAGACUGAAAUUGCAUCGAAGGAAAAAUUGUCUAUUAAGAGAGAUCGCGAAAUCGAAUCGUUGAACGAUAGAGUAAGAGAAUUGGAAGAAGAACUUUUCAAGAGAGACAAUUCGUUGCAGCAGUUCAGGAAAGAAAUUAUCGAGAAGGACAAAGUAAUCGAAGAAAAAACUUGUUUGCUCGAGGAUAAGUGCAAAGCUUAUGAAGAAGUCACGUCGGUAGCUGAGAAACGAAAGAAACAAAUCGAUCAAUUGAGGCUGUCUGUCAAAACAAGGGACGACGCCCUCACGGAUCUCAACAACAAAAACCGUUCUCUUCUGUCCCAGUUUGAAAACACGUAUGCCAAGAGAAGUACGUCACCCAACAGUCCAUCCGUAUUCAUGGAAGAAUCGCAACAUCUGAGGAAAACGUUCGCUCUCAAUAGUCCCACCAAAAGUUUCAAUGGCUCGUUAGAUUUUGAACCUAGCAAUGACCGCAGCAGGGCAAUGUUCGAACUCCAUAAUAGUUUGGAGAGAAGAAACUCUCAAGAACUGAGAAAAGAACUAGAAGAAAAGGAACGUGAGGUGAAAAAGCAAGUGGAGUUAACAAAACAACUGUCUCUUAAGCUUGACACUGUACAACAGUCUGCUGAUGUUACCGAUCAAAAAUUAAAGAAAUUGGAGACCGAUCACAGAAAAGCCAUUCAGAUGAUCCAAGGCUUCAUGAAACGUCACGAACAGCUAGAAGAUAAACAAGCAAAGAAGGAUCGGCGAAUCAUGGAGUUGGAAGGCGAACUCAGCAGGCUGAAAAAUGAAAAUGCAAAGACUGUGAGAAGCAGCGUCCAUUCGUCCAUACGGAGAAAUCUCAGCACAGAUCUUGUUGAUGACCCAGAACGCGACUAUAAUGGACAGCAACGAUUCGAGGAAAUGGAAAGCAAAAUUAACGAUCUCCGAGACCAAAUCGAUGAGAUUAAGGCGGAGAAGAAUCUAUUAGAAAAGCAGAUACAAAUUGAAUCCGAGGAGCUGCGCGAUCGACUGCAAGACAAAGACUUGAAAAUCGAAUGUCUUGUAUGCGAGAAAAACUCGAUAAAAGAUGAACUACAAGGCAAGAGCGAAGAGCUUGAUAAACUAAAAGAAGCGUAUGAUCGAGUAAGUGCAAAAUCAGACGUUCAAAAUCCUGCUGAACUUGAAAAGCUCCGAGAAGAAUUAGCUAUAAAAAAUUUGGAAAUCGAAGAAAAGAGUCAACAAGUCGAACGUUUGACAAAGGAGCUUCAGGUAAAAACGCAAAAUCUUCAACAGCUGGUCAACACCGAAUUGUGGAGCAAGAACAAAGAGAUCGCCAAGUUGCACAACCACAUGACAGCGUCUCAAUACCAAGAAAAGAGUCGAAACAAGUCCUUAGAUGGAGCAGAAAAAGCAGGCGCACAGUUGAACACUUUGAUCAAGGAGUUGAAUGAUAUCGGAAUCCAGGUGACGUUCAUGAAUGACAUCAUCCAAUUGAACUACGUUAAUUCUGACAAGCCAGUCGAUGUUUUAACGCUGACUAAUUACAUCCACAAACUCAUUGCUCAGAAAAAUGAUCUGGAGAAAGAAGUCGACUACUUGAAGUGGCUUAAACUCGUUUCGAAACCAGCCAACGACUCUAUGACCGAUGUCUGCGACUCGACCACCGAGAGAGACAAGCAGUACUGCGAACUUUUAAGAACGCAUUUGAAAGAGCUCAUGAAGUUCAUGAAAGAAAUGCUAAGAAGUACGGAUGAAACGACCGACACCGUCAACAACAAGCAGAAGAAAAUCGUACUCGACGCACUGAUGAAUUCAAAGAUCCUUUCGGACGACUUCUUGAAUGCGCUCGAAGGAAUGAGGCUCAACGAACAGGACGCUGCCUUCGACAGAGACGACCGCAUCGAUGGAUCCGUUCGAAAGAGCAAAUCGGAAAACUUCAUCGAUUCCAAGAACCAAUUCUCGACGCCGUCGGAUUCGGAGGCUUUUUCAGAACCAGACAGAAUGGUGUCGCUCGCAAGAAUGGGCUUGCCAGACAUUAAACAGAAAUCCGCAACCAGGUCACGGCCUUCUAAGUUCGCCAAAACAUUCAGCGACUCUGAGGACUCCAUUGACUACCAUCCUUGUCAUAAGGUUUACCAAAGCGACGUCAGCGAUUUCGAUGCCAAUCGACAAAUUCUCGAACUGAAGGAUAUUAACAGCUUUUUGUACUCUGAACUGAAUGCCUUGAGAAACGAAGUUACCAAAACGAGAUUCGACGACGCAAUCAACGGUAAAUUAUCGCUUCUGCUUAACAAACUCGACAAAUCUCGGAGCUUUUGCGAGAAAUUACAGAAUACUCUGGAGAGGAAAAUUCACGAGUGCCACACUCUGAAAAAAGAAAGUAAGCAAAAUAGUGUUCGUAAAUUACAAUUAGAGAAAAAAAUGUUGGAUGUAGACAAUAUGGCUCUUGAAGUGGCAAAGCAGAAGGCUGAACUCACGUUGUACAAAGAAAGUACUGAUAGGAAGACUACUGAGAUGCUGAUAACUCUAAAUAAGGAAAAUGAUAUGUUGCGAUCGAAAAUCAAGAAGCUUGAGGAAGACAACGAAGAAGCUAAAGCGAUGAUCCUCAGGCUUACAAGAGAACUGGACCAUCUGACACUUACUCACAGCCAAAUUUUGGUAGAAAAUACCAAACUCACCAACGACAAACUGAGGCUCGAGCAGGAAGUGAGAAAAACUGAAAGUCGAUAUGACGUGACAGUUCGAACGCUUCAAGAAAAAUUCCACAAAGAAGUAACCGAUUUAAAUCAAAUCAAUGAAUCGCAUCGCGCUAGAGUGCAAGAACUUGAAACAACCAACAAGGAGUUACGAAGGCAUGUGGUUAUCUGCGAAGCUAGUGAUUCCGCUCCGAGUUCUAGUGGCAUUUCCUCCAUUCCCCCUGAUGUUGCAUCCAAACAAGCCUGCGAUGAUAUACUCAACGAAUAUCAUACAUACAACGGUUCUCCAUACUGGCUGCCGGUAACUUAUCCUCUAUCAAGCGGACGCAGCAAGUCGAGCUGCUCGCCGGAUCUCGGCAUCGAAAGUGACGCAGCCGUGACAUCAACGAGACCACUCAAAGAUACUUUGAAGAUCACCGAAUCGAUGACCAAUCUUCUAAGCGACGAUGAUAACUGCAAUAACAACCCGGGACUGCGAGACAUCGAUGGCGAUAGCCCGCUACCUAUAGAAGGUGGGCUUUUAUAUUAUAGUCUCGAUGAAGUGCAAUCGUUAAAAGAAGAAAAUGUUGCUUUGAAAAGAAGAUUGAUGAAAACGAGAAGAGCUCUUGAAGAUACUUUUCAACAUCUAUCUGCAUCGAACAAAAACAAGAAAAAUGUCGAAAAAGCCAUCACAAAGCAACUUAUGAUUACGAAAAGCGUACUUAAGAAAACUAGAAAUUACGAGGAUACGCAUUACGAGAACUGAUAUAUAGCAAACUUAAAAAGUUUGUGGUUAAAUGUGGUUUAUGCUAACAAGCAUAAGAUUAAGUUUAAAAACGUAUUUUGCGUUACAAACACUUACCAUUGGGUAUUAUCACUUAUUUGUAUUUACUCGAUUAUAUGGCUCUUAAAUUUACCUUAUUACUCCAUCAACUCGUACAUUUCUAUGUCUAUUGACAUAGUGGAGAAGUGAACUUGUUACACGUACAAUUCUUGUCGUCAGAAAUUUAAUAGAUCUAUAUUAUAUAAAAGAACUAUUUUUACAAAGUAACUAAAUUUUUCUAAAGUAAAUGAGAAAAAGAUAAAAAAUUUAUAUUGUUAAAAUACUCAUAGACAGACGGACACAACGUCCUAAAUUGAAAAAUUUUGUACAUACAUUUACAAGUUAGGAGAUUGUUAUUGUAAUUUUUUUAGUACGUAUUCUGAUUUGUUUAUUUUCUACUUUUCGCAAAAUAUCGUGGAUUUCCACAAUUGUCAAUUGAGUCCGUCUUAUACGUGUUUACUUUCUAUAGAAACUUAUACAAAGAUCUUUCAGAUUGUAUAUAAUUUACAAUUCAUAAAAUAAUGCAUCUGUAUAUACAUCAUUAAUAAAGUGCCAUUCACUCUUGAAUUGUACCAAUGAA